AUGACAACAAUGGAAGGGGCCAGCGGGUCGAGUUUUGGAAUAGACACGAUUUUGUCCAGUGCCAGUUCGGGCAGCCCCGGCAUGAUGAAUGGAGAUUUCCGCCCGCUCGGCGAGGCCAGGACCGCGGAUUUUAGGAGUCAGGCCACUCCAUCCCCCUGUUCGGAGAUUGAUACCGUAGGAACGGCGCCUUCUUCUCCCAUCUCGGUCACCAUGGAGCCCUCGGAGACGCAUCUGGUCGCAGAAGGGCCCCAGCAUCACCACCACCUCCACCACAGCCAACCGCCGCCGCCGCCCGCCGCGGCCCCCACGCAAAGUUUGCAGCCUUCUCCCCAACAGCAGCCGCCGCCGCAGCCGCAGCAGCAACCGCCGGCCCAGCAGCUGGGCUCGGCCGCCUCGGCCCCCAGGACUUCCACCUCUUCUUUUUUAAUUAAGGACAUCUUGGGCGACAGCAAACCACUGGCGGCGUGUGCACCCUACAGCACCAGCGUGUCCUCUCCCCACCACACCCCGAAGCAGGAGAGCAACGCAGCACACGAGAGCUUCAGGCCAAAGCUCGAGCAGGAGGACAGCAAAACCAAACUCGACAAGCGGGAAGAUUCCCAGAGCGACAUCAAAUGCCACGGAACAAAGGAGGAAGGAGACCGGGAGAUUACGAGUAGCCGAGAGAGUCCCCCUGUGAGAGCCAAAAAGCCUCGCAAAGCCAGAACAGCUUUCUCUGACCACCAACUCAAUCAACUGGAGCGUAGUUUUGAGCGGCAGAAAUAUCUGAGUGUGCAGGACCGCAUGGACCUGGCAGCUGCGCUCAACCUCACGGACACGCAAGUCAAGACUUGGUACCAGAACCGCAGGACCAAGUGGAAGCGGCAAACCGCGGUGGGCCUGGAGCUGCUGGCCGAGGCGGGGAACUACUCGGCCCUGCAGAGGAUGUUCCCGUCGCCUUAUUUCUACCACCCAAGCCUGCUGGGCAGCGUGGACAGCACCACGGCCGCCGCGGCUGCCGCAGCCAUGUACAGCAGCAUGUACCGGACUCCCCCCGCGCCCCAUCCCCAGCUGCAGCGGCCCCUGGUUCCCCGCGUGCUCAUCCACGGCCUGGGGCCCGGGGGGCAGCCGGCCCUCAACCCCUUGUCCAGCCCCAUCCCAGGCACCCCGCAUCCCCGGUGA